UKAGGUUUUUCGUCUUUCAUCAACAAUUGCUUCCGUUASUUAACCAUGCAUCUCUUUGUUGUUGUUUUUCAGAGAACCGUACCGAAGACAUUUGAGAAAUCGAUGAGUAAUCUUCAAGACAAGAUCUCUGAUAAAAAGAAGACUAUCAAGGAGKCGAAAAAGGACUUGAAGGACCUGAAAGCCACAGCUAAAGAGAAGAAGGCGGAAUCGGCUGUAAAGGCGGUUGAAAAGAAGAAGGGCCAAAUACAACGACUUGAGGAACAGUUGUUCAAAUUAGAAGUGACUGCCACAGACAAGGAAGAAAACAAGGAAAUUGCUCUUGGCACUUCAAAGUUGAACUAUUUGGACCCAAGAAUUACCGUAGCAUGGUAUGUUUUUUUUUCACGGUGUCACGUCAUGACUGGACUAAGUACAGUUGCUUUGUCCUMUUUGUUUUGUCAUAYAAUAGCGGAGCUCCUGUGCGGGCCGAAGGCAGAGGGCCAUGGCUAAGACAAAAUGGUAAACAAUCGAGUCCAUUUUUGG